UAAACAGGUUCAGCUGUUGGUUUGAGGUGAUUGUAGGCGUUUUCUGGUUAGAAACCCGUGAUUUUUAGGCCAGUUUCCCAUCAUCUCUGUGUGUUUAAUGUAUUUAUAGACUGAACAGAUCCUCCUAUCAGCAGCUCAGACUCUGGUUCAGUCCGACCCGACAGCAGCAGCGUUUAUCUCCGCUGUUUCACUCUUUUUACUGUUCUUUCAGUUCUUCCUCCGCCGUUUCGCUGACAGCGGGUCUUCGGCUACAGCUCACACCGAGCAGGGAGCUCCGUCCGCCGCAGACUGAGCUGCCGGAGGCGGUGCCGCAGCUUCCCCGGUCGGAUGUUUCAGUCUGUCGGUGAGCAGCGGAGCGAGGAGCCGUUCGGACCGCGGAGCUCGAUUCCAGACACCCUGUACCAGAUGCAGCAAAGCAGCCCCAGAACAUAACAGAACCUCCUCCAUGUUCCACACUGAUGUAAAGCAGCAGACUUUGGAUGCGACCUUCUCCAUCAUCUACAUCUCAACCCAGGAGCCAUUAAACAGGUACAGAUGGGUCGGGGGGAGGUUUCAGCCAUGGAGGGUGACUGUCUGAGCUGCAUGAAGUAUCUGAUGUUCAUCUUCAACUUCUUCAUCUUUCUGGGUGGCUCCUUCCUGCUGGGCGUGGGUGUUUGGGUUCUGGUCGACCCGAUGGGCUUCAGGGAGAUCGUGGCGGUGAACCCUCUGCUGUUCACGGGGGUCUACGUGAUCCUGGCCAUGGGGGCGCUGCUGUUCCUGCUGGGCUUCCUGGGCUGCUGUGGAGCCAUCAGGGAGAACAAAUGUCUGCUGCUGUUCUUUUUCAUGCUGAUCCUCUUCAUCUUCCUGGCUGAGCUGGCUGCUGCCAUCCUCGCCUUCCUCUUCAGAGAACAUCUGACCCGACAGUAUUUCACGAGGGAUCUGAAGCGUCACUAUCAGGGCCGGAACAACACCGACGUCUUCAGCUCCACCUGGAACGCCAUCAUGACCACGUUCGACUGCUGUGGCGUCAGCGGUCCCGAGGACUUUGAGGAGAGUCUGUUCCGGCUGCUGAGUCCCUCCAAGAUGGUUCCUGAGGCCUGUUGCCAGAGAAACGGUUUCCUUGGAGACGGCGGCGUGGAGCAGUGCGUCAGCGGCAGCGUCGUCUUCCGACACAACAAGGGCUGUUACUCAGCGAUGGUGGAUUAUUUUGAGACCUACAUCUACACAGCUGGAGCUCUGGCCAUCGUGGUUCUCACCAUCGAACUCUUUGCCAUGGUGUUUGCGAUGUGUUUAUUCAGAGGCAUCCAGUGAGACGGCCUUCAUCAUAGUCAUAAUCAUCAUCAUCUUCAUCACCUUCAUCAGCAGGAAGAAACAAACUAAAACAUGAAGCGUAUCCGUCCAGUGGUAGUUUGUGUCGGUUCUGUGAUCGCCGUCAUUCUUCAGGUUUCUGAGGUUCUGCUGUGAAGUCGAGGUUCUGUUCAGUCUAUCGACCCAGAAGCUGCUUCAGAACCCACCUGAGUCCAUCAAACUGGAAACACAGGGAUGUGAAACCUGGACUUGAUCUGAGUCCGUCUGAGCUCUAUGAUGAGUCGGUGGUCAUGGUGUCGUCUCUGUCCAGUCAGCUGGGACUGAAAGAGGAGUUUAUUCUGUGGAAAAUGUUCUAAAGAUAACGGACGGUUCAGUGUUUCAGUGUAAAUAUUCCUCAGAAGACGUUCAGGUCAUAGUUUGUCUUCUUCUCUUUGUGGAUUUAAUCAGCAGAUAUAAAACUUUUUCCUCUGUGUGUUUGUAUAAAUGACUGAUGGUCAUUAAACUGGUGUCUGUGGUUUUA